CCAACACCGUUAGAGACACCAAGUAGUACUUAUUCUCCUCUUUGUCUCUUAUAUUCAACCUACAGAUGUCGUCACUUACCCCGCUCAAGGCAUCUAUGCUCAGUCUCAAACUACAUAAAAAUGAAGCUGCGCUCCGGAUCCGCAACAGUUCUGCUGCCCUCGUCGCUGUAUUCUUUCUUACACAUCUUACUCCAGUACCAUCGUUAUGGACAGCUGUGGAUGUCGUUUUCAAUGAUUCAGGAGAAGGAAAAUCUGCAUUUUGGAUGAUGUGCGCUGCCGAGUUGGCCAUACUAGGUCUCUUCACCCUGAAUGCUCUUCAGGCAGCUAUAGCGCUCAUGUAUCCACCAACACUUCUCCCACCCGCGCCGUCACCUUCGAAGAGCAUUAAGACACCACAAUCACACUUACAAAAACGUCGUAACGUGUUGUCACCUCAUACGAGCCCACAACCGCAGCGCACUUUCUCCCCAUAUGUCUCUUCCCCAGUGUCUACGCCUUCUCGUACCCUCCAAUACUCAAUUCCUGGACCUACGCCUCCACCUUUUUCCUCACUGAACUCCUCGACUGGUAUGCCACAGACACCCUCACCUUUAUCUGCGUACCGAGGGAAGCAUUCAGCGAGCACGGGACACGCGUUCAAUGGUUCGAUUCUUAGUAGACUCACGAAGGACGAUGAUGAAGAUGAGGAGUAAAUGUAGAUUUAUAAUACGGUAUUUUGUUCAAGAUCGUGUCUAUUGCUAUCGGUGUUUCUGUCUUCCUCCGGCGUGCGAUUGAUAGAGUCACUCACAAUGUAGGAAUAUUUGCAGUGUG